AUGACUAACGAAAACAUUUCUGGAAGCGGAUUCCAUCAUCGGAACAAACACACCGCCGUUCUAGAAGGGAUCAAUGAGGAGCAGGGAAGUCUGGAAGACGAGGAAACCGACAAUGAAGAGGCGCAUCGCAAGAAUGGAACUCAAAUGGAUCAACUUGAUGUGAAAUCGGCGAGCGAUCACGAUGACGAUGAUGAGGAGCCGAAGCAUCUGACGCAUCGAUCAUUGAGUGUCUCGAAUGCGGCUCUUGAUGAAAAGCAUCGUUUUGAGGCUGAACAGCAGCAAGCGCCACCAGCUCAAAGAUAUACAAGGCAUAUGUCGAUAGAUCAGCGAGGAGGUAAUUUGAAGCAUCCGACGCCUAUCUCUCGCGACCAGGAUGCCAUUGAUCGCUAUUAUGAGCGCAAUCAUUACACUGUCACAGGACGGGAUCGAAAUGUGGACUUCUAUAACAAACUGCCACUUCAUUUGCAGCAUCGGAUGGGCGGAACACAUAAUUUCGAAUCGCAGAGUAGAGUGAGCCGCAUGAGCUCACCGGGAGCCUUGGGUGAACCCGUGGUUCCCACGACAAGAAGAUUCGACAAAUCGGUCUACUGGUUCGUCUUCAAUCGCAAAAAGAUCGGCUUCCGCCACAUAUUCAUCGUGUUGUUCGUCAUCUUCUACACUCUUCUUGGCGCCACCGUCUUCUACACCAUCGAAUCGGCGAAUGAGCGAAAGGAGGUGAUGAUUCACGAGAAGAAUCUUGAAGAGUUGCUGACAAAGCUCGCUGAGAAUAUCACCGAACGCGUGAAUGAUCCGAACACGUCGACUAACACAUCAAUCAUGAAAGAUUACAUCAAAACGGCUUAUAUUGAUCUGAUGAAGCUAGAAGGUCAGUACAAAGGUAGCACCUACUAUAAGCUUGAGGAAGGGGGUAAUAAUUGGAAAUGGACAUUUGAUAGCGCGUUCUUCUUCAGUAUGAAUGUUUAUACAACAACCGGUUAUGGUUCCAUUGCUCCGGAGACAACAUUGGGGCAGUUCUUCACAAUCCUCUACGGCUUCAUAUUCGUACCGUGCACACUGGUGGCCCUCCGCGAUCUCGGACAGUUCUUCCUGGUGCAAUUGACGAAGCUCUACGCGCAUACGAUCCAGAAAUACAGAGAUCUCAUCGGCGACAAAAAUGUGGACCAGGAUGAGAUAAUACGGCUACCGAUUCGCGUUUGCCUAUCAUUAUUGUCAUUAUAUCUCGCCGGUUGCACAAUGUUCAUCUAUUUCUACGACGAUCUUCUCGGUCCGGAACCCGGCACCGGAAUGUCGCUAUUCCUCUGCUUCUACUUCUCAUUCAUCUCGCUGUCGACAAUCGGAUUAGGCGACAUUAUGCCGAAUAAUGCGACGUUCUCGCCAAUCAUUUCGAUAAUGUUCUUCGUCGGAAUGGCUGUCACCAAGGUCGUCAACCGAUCGACAUACAUCGCUGUUGAGAACGGAAUAUUCGGGGUGUUGACCUUAAUCGAUAAUAAAUUGGAUUCAAUGUUCCGACGGGUCGCUCCCGAACCGCCACAAUCGACGGGAAUCAAGACGCCUCAACGGCAAGGAAGCAUUGACGCCGCUUCAAUCUAUCCGGACGAAUCAGCCAACGAGAUGCUUAAUAACGCGACGGUUCGCUCGAUUGCGAACUUCAUGAAAUCGAACGCCGACAUUUACGGCGGCGGAUUCGGACGGGUGCAGUUGAGACGCGGCGAUCUGAUGAACUACGACAAUCAGAAUACGGUGACGAGUUUGUCGCAGAUUCGAAAUCGAGCGAACAGCGCCUCACAGAAUGCAAAAGAUCAAGGCAACUCGAAAGAGCCGGUUUGA